CGCGCGCGAGGGAAGGGAAGGGAAGGGAGCGCGCGAGCGAGCGAGCGAGGAGGAAGAAGGAGAAGAAGGAGGCGAAGGGGGAAAGGGACGCCGAAGGAAGGAGAAGGAACCUUUCCUGGCAAGAUGGCCGACUUGGAGGCUGUGCUCGCCGACGUGAGCUACUUGAUGGCCAUGGAGAAGAGCAAAUCCACUCCCGCCGCCCGAGCCAGCAAGAAGAUCGUCCUCCCUGAGCCCAGUAUCCGCAGUGUUAUGCAGAAAUACUUAGAGGACCGGGGUGAGGUGACCUUUGAAAAGAUAUUUUCUCAGAAAAUUGGGUUCCUGCUGUUCCGCGACUUCUGCUUGAACCAAGUGGAAGAUGCCAAACCAUUGGUUGAAUUCUAUGAAGAGAUCAAAAAGUAUGAGAAGUUGGAUUCUGAUGAAGAUCGAGCUGUAAAGAGCCGCCAAAUAUUUGAUAUGUACAUCAUGAAGGAGCUGUUGUCCUGCUCUCAUCCCUUCUCCAAGACUGCCACGGAGUAUGUGCAGAGCCGCCUCAGCAAAAAGCAAGUGCCACCUGAUUUGUUCCAGCUAUACAUUGAAGAGAUCUGCCAGUGUCUGAAUGGAACUGUCUUCCAGAAGUUCAUUGAAAGUGACAAAUUCACACGCUUCUGCCAGUGGAAGAAUGUGGAGCUGAAUAUCCAUCUGACCAUGAAUGACUUCAGCGUCCACCGGAUCAUUGGGCGUGGCGGCUUUGGGGAGGUCUACGGCUGCCGAAAAGCAGACACAGGCAAAAUGUAUGCCAUGAAGUGUCUGGAUAAGAAGCGAAUUAAGAUGAAACAGGGGGAGACACUUGCUCUGAAUGAGCGCAUCAUGCUGUCCCUUGUCAGCACUGGGGAUUGCCCCUUCAUCGUGUGCAUGUCAUAUGCCUUCCAAACACCUGACAAGCUCAGCUUCAUCCUGGACCUUAUGAAUGGGGGUGACCUACAUUAUCACCUCUCUCAGCAUGGGGUUUUCUCUGAGGUUGAGAUGCGUUUCUAUGCAGCAGAGAUCAUUCUGGGGCUGGAGCACAUGCACAACCGCUUUGUGGUGUAUCGGGACCUGAAGCCUGCCAAUAUCUUGCUGGAUGAAUUUGGCCAUGUGCGCAUCUCAGAUCUGGGGCUUGCCUGUGACUUUUCCAAGAAAAAGCCUCAUGCCAGUGUAGGCACACAUGGGUACAUGGCACCAGAAGUGCUCCAGAAGGGUGUAGCCUAUGAUAGCAGUGCUGACUGGUUCUCUCUUGGCUGCAUGCUGUUCAAACUCCUGAGGGGGCAUAGCCCCUUUCGGCAGCACAAGACUAAGGAUAAACAUGAGAUCGACCGCAUGACACUCACUAUGGCUGUGGAGCUGCCAGAUUCCUUCUCCCCUGAGCUACGCACUCUGCUGGAGGGACUGCUUCAGAGAGAUGUCAACCGUCGCCUGGGCUGUAUGGGCCGCGGGGCACUUGAGGUAAAGGAGAGUCCCUUUUUCCAGGGUCUGGACUGGCAAAUGGUUUUCCUCCAGAAGUACCCACCCCCUUUGAUCCCACCACGUGGGGAGGUGAAUGCAGCAGAUGCUUUUGACAUAGGUUCUUUUGACGAAGAGGACACCAAAGGAAUCAAGCUAUUGGACAGUGACCAGGAGCUCUAUCGCAACUUUCCGCUCACCAUCUCAGAGCGUUGGCAGCAAGAGGUGACAGAGACUGUGUUUGACACAGUCAAUGCUGAAACUGACAAGCUGGAGGCCCGUAAAAGAGCCAAGAACAAGCAGCUGGGCCACGAGGAAGAUUAUGCUCUGGGCAAGGAUUGCAUCAUGCAUGGCUACAUGUCAAAGCUAGGGAAUCCUUUCCUUACUCAAUGGCAGAGGCGAUACUUCUACCUCUUCCCAAAUCGUUUGGAGUGGCGCGGAGAGGGAGAAUCCCCGCAAUCCCUACUUACCAUGGAAGAGAUUCAGUCAGUAGAGGAGACGCAGAUAAAGGACCGGAAGUGUAUCCUGCUUAAGAUUCGGGGAGGCAAACAGUUUGUCCUGCAGUGUGACAGUGAUCCCGAGCUAGUGCAGUGGAAGAAGGAGCUACGCGAUGCCUACCAGGAAGCUCAACAGCUGCUGCAGAGGGUGCCCAAAAUGAAACACAAGCCACGCUCUCCAGUGGUGGAGCUAAGCAAGGUCCCGCUGAUCCAGCGCAGCAGCAGCAGUACCAACGGCCUCUGACCCUCCUCGCCUUCCUCUCCCAUCCUUAAUUUAUUCGGCUGGGUUUGUCCACCAUGCCCACCCUCUUCUCCUGUCUCUUUUUGCUGAUUGUUGUGACGUCCACCCCAGCCCCCUGGGGUAUAGUGAGGGGGUGGGGCAUCCAGAAGGUGUGGGACAGGUUUCCCCCCUCCUCCCAUCACAUGGGAAUCGAUACCCAUUUAAGGGGAAGAAGCCUGGUUGGUAAGGUGGGCCUGAGUCAACCUGUUCCCCACUGAGCAAGGCUCGGAUUUUAGAUCCCUGCCUCUAAAUAGGACCAACGUAAGGAGAUGUUCUGAGGUGUGUCAUGCAUCUUGAGCACUUCCUACUUCCUCCCGGUAGUGCCAAACAUGUGUUAGUGCACAUAAGAGGGGCAUCACAGAACAUGGUGGUAUGUGGGAAAGCAUAUCUUCUGUGGUAAGUCCCUCAACACUAGUGAGGACGAAGAUCAAUCUGUUUGACAAUCUGAAUUCCAACCCCUUUUACAAUCCAGCACCAGGCUCUGAAGUCAGUUCCGCAGUAGAUCUUGAAGGAAGUGUGCUCUGGUUCUGGCAGCGUGAACUCCAGAGUGUGUGUGUGUGUUCUUUCACUGCCACCAACCUUUGCUCGGUGAGCCUUGGUGAGGCAGCUGUUGUGCCAUAAGCAUAUCUGUCAGGAUUGGCCUCAGUUAUCCCAUGGGGGAUACAUUAUAAGGAAUUGCCUUGAAACUGUUACAUUCUAAGGAAAAAAAACCAUCUAACAUAAGUGAAGGUUUACUCCCAUUUCUUUUCCCCUUUCCUGUUCCUAAAUCCAAGACCUUAACCCUUAUGUACAACCUCUUUUUGUCCCUCUAGCUACUGUCACAGUUCUGACGUUUCUGACCCAGGGUGGCGGCUGCUCACGCAGCUGGCCUUAGGAAUUGCAGUUAUUUGCCUCUGCUGUCCUGCUAUCUGACGCCUGAACAGACGUUCUUUGUCUACUGUGCCAAAUUUCAAGAUGAUUUUAAUGUCCCUCCCAGUUGGCCCAGUAGAGUAUGUAUAAAGCUGUCCUCCCUGCAAUCCCCAGGCCAGGUCUGGACAGGUUCCCUGCAUUGGACUUGCCCAGACUGUAUUGUUGCCUCUUACUCUGCUCUUAGGGGGCAGGGUGAGAACUGCCUCUACUCUGCUGCCUCCACUGCCAAAGCCCACCGUGUGUUUCUGUGGAAAGAGGGAGGGGCAGACUUCAUGCCAAAAGAGAUUCUGAGCUGCUUGAGUCUUCUCGGGGUUGGGGCUGGAGUGGGGGAUGCAGUAGCUGGAAAUUCAGCCUGGAUGGGGCCCUGUGCCAACUCCCAAGUAUCUGAAGGAUUCUGUAAAUAUUUCCGUGCCAAGGGGGCCAGGCUGGGUUUAAAAAGCUAGGCCCAUUCCUCCCCUCCCUUCCAGUAUGCCUUGUAUGAACAGCACCUCCCACCACCACCUCCCCAGCAGUGUUAUGAUUUCUCCCACAGGAUGGUGAGGAAUCCCAAGUUGAAUUAAUCCAAUGCCCCUCCUCCUUCCUCCAUUUGCAGGGGUUGGGGUGGAUGGCUUUCAGUUGGGGAUCAGGUCUCGUCCCCACAGUCUCAUGCCCCAAGCGCAUGCGAUUGCCUCUGCUGCAUGCCUCCCCCUCCCCCCAUGUGAUGAGUUUUGCCUGUUCAGCCACCUGACUCCUCCAUUCCUUCCAUAGUGAUAUGCUGUGGAAGGGGAGAGGUGGAAUGAAGCCCCUUCCUUGCAGUGUUUGUACAUAUUGAUCUCUGGUUUGUCUCUCUGGGUUAUUAUGGAUUUUUUUGCCGAUUUUUGAAUGUGAUUUUAAUGAGUGGGAUAAAGACUGUUUUUUAUAAUAAAAAAAUCGAAAACCCGCAACUGGAAUAUAUAGACAUUUCACUAACAGUAUUUACUAACAGUAUGCAUAAAACAUCACUGGAGUUGAUACAAUCUUAUGUAUGAAACUGCCUUGUAUUGAGCUAUACUGUUAGCUAAUGCCUUUCACAGUCAAGUGUUUUUGUUUGUUUGUUUGUUUGUUUGGUUUUGGAUGAAUCCAAGACCAUAUACAUGUGACGUAUAUCUUCUGCCAUGAAGCUGUGAGUGUUAAUUUUGACUCUUGGUAGAAACAGGCAUGCAAGCCACAUAGUUUUUGCUAGAAGACGAAAGAGAAUGCCUGAAUGUAUACAUAUGAUAGAAAUGUCCAUUACAGUAGAUCACUAAAACUCUGCCAUGCAGCAUGGGUGAAGAUCAACAGGCAGUUUCAUGGUCUUGCAGCACAUCUUAGACUGUCUGGCCAUAACAACUUUUUAUAAGACAGGAAUGAUUGGAAUAUUGGCCAGAUUAGUAAAUUGGAUCCCUUUAACAAAAGAUUUUUCUGAAAGCCAAUUAAGAGUUUUUAAAACCUUUAAUGCUGCUCUUCUCUUGCUUCUUGGGUUGUUACUAAUAGUGAAAAAUGCCUAACUGUCGUGGAGAAGAGAAACUGGUGUAGUUAAAAAAAGAACCCUUACUCUCCAUCUUUAAAACUCAUUCCAGCAAUAGGCAUUUUCACUUUUCAUAGAAUCACAGAGUACACAGUAAAAAGUCUGAUGUAUUAUGUUGAGAGACCAAAUGAUUGAAACUAAAAAAAAUGUGUGGUAGUGAUGCAAGGGUGGUUCUGGAAAAGGUCCUAUGGGGGAAAUCAUUGCCGAAAGUAUACUGCAGACAUAUAUGAAUUAUUGCAUGGUUUUGAUACCCACAGCAUGAUGUCUAUCUAAAACAGUGGUUCUCACUCUGUAGGUCCCCAGGUGUUUGGGCCUACAACUCCCAGAAAUCCCAGCCAGUUUACCAGCUGUUAGGGUUUAUGGAAGUUGAAGAACAGAACAUCUGGGGACCCACAGGUUGAGAACCACUGAUCUAAAACAUUUGGGCUGGAGCAGAAAGGGGGUACAUACAUCUUGAUGCAUACACAACCAGAAAAAUACAAAUAGCUUGUGGACAGGAGAAAACAUGUGUCUCUUGUUGACAAUUAUAUUGCAAAUAAUAUAGAGUAACUGUGUGUGACAGUAAGGUGAGAAAAAGCAGGCAAUCUAUUAACAAAUGCCCAUGCAGCUGCAAUUUGUGGUCUAAGAUGAGUUCCUCAAACUACUGCAGCUCUUUUCACUUAGUAGGCAAUUUGAGACACAGCUUUAGGAUCACCAAUACUAUUUCCAUUGCAUGAUCCACAAGUUGUACCCAAAAUGUAGCCUCAGACAUUUUGUGGCUCAGAAGGGACAAUACAGCUCACUCAUUGCUUCACUGGUAGCUGCUGCAUGUGAUCCCAGGGGUGUUGUAACCCAGUGCUGCCGCACAAAGAAAUUAUCUUACCAAUCAGAUUGGCUUCUUUAACUCCCUUCUUCUGAAAUGUAACUAUGAUUUCAAGCAAGAUUUUAAUUGGGCUUUAAAGAUUUUUUUCCCCUAAAGAAACAUUGACAUUGCAAUCCUAUGUGUGCUAUUUCAGAGGUAAGCCCCACUGAAUACAGUUAAACUUUUCAGGUGUAAGAUGGGAACUGACACAAAUGUUGACUUAUCGAGUUUAAUAAGCUUUCAAUGGCAGAUUUUCCUAACAAAAUCAUAUCUUUUCAGAAUCACCAUAUCUACCUAACAGAAACAUUCUUUUGGAUCAGCAUUUAGCCUGCAGCAAACACACAUACCAACUGUCUUGUUUUCCAUUAAAGUAAAAGUAUUACAGAUACUAAAAAUAUCACUUGUACACAUGAAGGACUUAGUUCACCUUUCUCAUACGUCAACUGUGAUGUGAAAAUAAAGUCAUUUUUCGACCCCCAGAGAACAAACAAGGUAACAACUUCCAUAGAAGUGAAUGGGCCCAAAUCUGAUAUCCAAUGGGGCAAUAUUCCAGUUAGAGGUUUCUGCUGAACUCCAUCACCACACUUCAACAAAAAUAUUUCAAAUAAAAACUUCAGCAUUAAGUGGCUA